AUGGCGAGAACGAGAGACCCAACCCAGGAAGCAGAAGAUGAAGAGGAGCAAGAUCGUUUAUCAUAUCGACAAAGAAGGAAGAAACCCGCUAGAGUCGAGAGGAAAGAGCUUGGGCUGUCAUGCAUGUUAAACACUGAAAUUAAUGCUGUUCUAGCAGUGUUGCGGCGUAUCACCGACUCCAAUUCCCUGGAUGAGAAUUAUGAUUCUUCGUUGUUUAAUUCUUUGAAAUCUCUACGAGCAUUACUCUUCAAGCCAAAGCAGGAAUGGCGCUUAAUUGAUCCCUCUAUUUAUCUCUCUCCGUUCCUAGAUGUGAUACAAAGCGAUGACAUUCCUAUUCAGGCAACAGGUAUUGCCCUCCUCACAAUCCUCAAGAUUCUCAAUUCUGAUAUCUUCGAUGAGAAGACUCCAGGUGCUGGAGAUGCCAUUAACGCUGUUGUCAUUGCGGUUACGAACUGUCGAAUCGAGAUGAUAGACACGACAUCCGAAGAUAUUAUCCUUACCAGAGUUUUGCAGCUCUUGUCAGGGAUCAUGAAGAACCGUAUUUCGUUUCUUCUCACUGAUCAUGCUGUAUGCACCAUCGUCAAUACCUGCUUCCAAGUCGUCCAGAAGUCUGCCAGUAGAGGGGAUUUGCUCCAGCGAAAUGCCAGACACACAAUGUAUGAAUUGAUCCAAACAAUUUUUAAUCGAUUACAGGAGCUUGAUGUUCGAGAUGGAAAGAACGAGUCAAAUGUCAACGAUGCAGAUUUUGGUUACGACUUGGAUUAUUCUGGUUACGGAGCCCGUUCUGCAACUGAUAUCUUCCAUUUCUUGUGCUCUUUACUCAAUGUAGUGGAAGUGAUGGAUUCUGAGGGACUCACUACUCCAAAUUCCGAAGACAAUUUUCAGCUAUUUGCCUUUGUUUUGAUCAACUCCACAAUAGAAUUGAGUGGAGAGGUAAUUCCUAAGCACCCAAAAAUUCUUAGGAUGAUCCAAGAAAAUCUGUUCCACUCUUUAAUCCACUAUGGAACAGGUUCAAGUCCACUAUUCUUGUCUAUAAUCUGCAGUACUGUUCUCAACAUCUACCAUUUUCUCCGCAGGUAUAUCAGGUUCCAACUUGAAGCUUUCUUCACAUUUGUUUUGUUAAGAGUUGCUAGCGAGGAAACAUUGCCUCAGCUUCAAGAAGUUGCACUCGAAGGAAUUAUAAGUUUUUGCAGGCACCCCAAGUUCAUAAUUGAGAUGUAUGUGAAUUAUGAUUGUGAUCCUCUCUGUCGAAAUGUGUUUGAAGAGGUUGGGAAGUUGCUUUGCAAGCAUGCAUUUCCACAGGGCAGCUCAUUGAAUGGUUUGCAAAUCCAAGCCAUUGAAGGCCUUAUCAUCAUGAUUCAGAACAUAGCCGAUCACAUUGUUGAUGAUGAAAGUUCAACCUCUGCUGGAUCGUAUCCAGUUGAGGUUACAGAGUAUAUACCUUUUUGGGUAGAGAAAUCCAACAGAAAUGAAGAUUUAGACACUUGGAUUGAAUACAUGAGGGUAAGGAAAGCACAGAAAAGGAAGAUAAUGAUCGCUGCUAACCAUUUCAAUCGAGACGAGAAGAAGGGGCUGGAGUAUUUGAAAGUUGCACACUUGGUCUCCGAGCCACCAGAUCCAAAGGCUUUUGCAUACUUCUACCGCUACACUCCUGGAUUAGACAAGAACACCAUUGGGGAUUAUCUUGGUGACCCUGAUGAGUUCCAUCUUGAAGUCCUCAAAGAAUUCACCGGAACAUUUGACUUUUCUGGGAUGAUCCUUGACACUGCUCUUCGGACUUUCCUUGAAACUUUUCGGUUACCGGGAGAGUCUCAAAAGAUACACAGGAUACUCGAAGCAUUCUCUGAGAAAUUCUACGAUCAGCAAUCCUCAGAACUCUUCGUGAGCAAGGAUGCUGUGUUCAUUCUUUGCUACUCACUCAUUAUGCUCAACACUGACCAACACAACCCACAGGUGAAGAAGAAGAUGACAGAAGAAGAAUUCAUUAGAAACAAUAGAGCCAUCAAUGGAGGGAAAGAUCUCCCUAGAGAAUACCUCUCUGAUCUCUUCCAAUCAAUUGCAACCAAUGAAAUAACAUUGUUUGGCCAAUCAGGUUCAUCUGGAGAAAUGGAUCUAAAAUGGAGUGACAUAAUCAACCGGGCAAAAGUCAUGGAGCCCUUCAUCCUAAGUAAUUUUGAUCGCCGACUUGGGAGAGAUAUGUUUGCUACCAUCGCUGGACCUGCAGUUGCAUCCAUUUGUGCAACCUUUGAGCAAUCCGAUGAGGAUGAAAUCCUCCAUGAAUGCGUUGAAGGGAUAUUUGCAGUCGCAAGGAUUGCACAGUUUGGAUUGGGGGACGUUCUUGAUGAACUCAUUGCUUCCUUCUGCAAAUUCACCACACUUCUAAAUCCUUAUGCCUCUGCAGAAGAGACACUUUAUGCUUUCAGUAACGACCUAAAGCCAAGGAUGGCAACUCUUGCCGUCUUCACCAUCGGAAAUAAGUUUGGGAACUCAAUUCGAGGGGGAUGGAGAAACAUUGUGGAAUGCCUGUUAAAACUAAAAAGGUUAAAGCUACUUCCACAAUCUGUUGUUGAACACAAUAUUACUUCAUCGACUGACUAUGCAACGAAUGCCAAAAUAGACUCAGGUGUCAUUCUUCCACCUUCAGAUAAUACAAUUUCAACGACUGGCUUAAUUACACGGUUCUCACACUUCCUAUCCUUGGAGUGUUCUGAAGACUCUUUGACACUUCCAGGAUGUGAGUUUGAACAAAACUUGAAAGUAAUCCAACAAUGCCGAAUAGGAAACAUCUUCAGUGGUAGCUCAAGCUUGCCGGAGGAAUCAUUGCAGAACCUUGGACGCUCCCUCAUAUUUGCAGCUACUGGGAAAGGCCAAAAGUUUAGCACACCUGUUGAAGAAGAAGAGACUGUUGAGUUCUGUUGGGAUCUGAUCACCACUAUUACUUUAGCCAACAUUCACAGGUUCUUAGUCUUUUGGCCUUCUUUCCAUGACCACCUUAUCGUGGUUGCUCAAUUCCCUCUUUUCUCCCCUUGCCCGUUUGCAGAAAAGGCCAUUGCAGGACUUAUGAAGGUUUGUCUCAAACUCCUUUCUUCUUACCAAUCUGAAAAGCUAUCUGAAGAGCUCAUCUUCAAGUCCAUAGCAUUGAUGAUUAAGCUUGACAAAGAGAUCUUGGAAACAUGUUGUGAGAACAUAACACAUGUCGUGAGCAGGAUUAUCAUAGAGUUUCCUGCAACUGUACAGACUCCAGUAGGAUGGAAGACAAUUCUUCACAUGUUAUCAUAUGCAGGCAGACUCCCUGAAACCUAUGAUCAAGGAAUCGAGGCUUUGAUCACGCUCAUGUCAGAUGAAACACACAUGUCACGGACUAACUAUGCCUCCUGUAUUGAGUGUGCUUUUGGAUUCGCUUGUCUCAAGAUUAUUCCUUUGGAAAAGAGUUGGAAGAUACUAGACUUGAUGGCAAGUUCUGUGAGCUUGUUGGUUCAAUGGUGCCGAAGUGGAUACUCUGACCCUGGGAGCGGCUUAAGUAGCUCAAGCAACUCUUCUCUAGAGGAUAACAUGAAACCGCUCAACUCUUUCAAUUUCACAAUGAAUUUGUUCCUCAGAGUAGCAGAUUCCCUUAGAAAGACUAGUUUAGUCCGACGAGAGGAGAUAAGAAAUCAUGCAGUGUUAUCCCUACAAAAAAGCUUUACAUUUGCAGAAGAUUUAGGCUUCACACCGGCCAAUUGCACAAGUUGUUUCAACCUCAUCAUAUUUGCAAUGGUAGAUGAUCUACAUGAGAAGUUAAUCGAAUACACAAUGAGGGAUAACUCAGAGAAGGAGGUCAGAAGCAUGGUCGGAACACUCAAGUUAGCAAUGGAGCUCUUGACCGAGGUUUUCUUGCAGUUCUUGAAGCCAAUAUCGCUGACAUCGGGGUUCAGGACAUUCUGGUUAGGAGUGUUAAGAAGGAUGGAUACAUGUAUGAAGGCUGACUUGGGAAACAUUGUUGAAACAAGGUUGCAAGUAAUGGUGCCUGAUUUAUUGAGGAAGAUUAUCACAACAAUGAAAGAGAAGGAGAUUUUGGUGCAAAGGGAUGGUGAUGAUUUAUGGGAGAUUACCUACAUUCAGAUACAAUGGAUAGCUCCUUCACUAAAGGAGGAGUUGUUCCCUGAAGAAGACUUUUAG